UCCCGGAAGUGGCGGACGAGGCGCAGCAGGAUGGUGCAGUAGGGGGUGAAGCUGCAUCAGUGUUUGGUGCUUUAACCUGCCAGAGCGUGAUUAGCCAUCAGGAGUAAGGAGUCACAAGAGGGCUGUUUCUGCAGAGUCCACUUGGUGUCUUGGUGGUAUUUAUCCUGGACAUAAACCUUGAACGCUGCUGCGUGAAGUUUACACAAGUUGCAUAACUGCGUGCUCUUGGGUGGGAGUGCUGUAAGAGUGAGGAGCUGAAGAAAUGGACCAGAACAACAGUAUACCACCCUUCCAAGGGCUGGCUUCCCCUCAGGGUGCCAUGACCCCAGGCAUGCCAAUCUUCAGUCCAAUGAUGCCAUAUGGCUCGGGUCUGACGCCCCAGCCGGUUCAGAACACCAACAGUCUGUCUAUACUUGAGGAGCAGCAGAGAGAACAACAAAGACAGCAGCAGCAGCAACAGGCACAGCAGGCCAACACAGGCCUUCCAGGAACAUCAGGGCAGACUCCUCAAUUGUUUCAUUCCCAAACAGUACAAGGCUCAACUACCACAGCACUGCCAGGCAACACCCCACUCUACAACACUCCACUGACACCCAUGACCCCCAUCACACCGGCUACGCCUGCGUCAGAGAGCUCUGGCAUUGUACCACAGCUACAAAAUAUAGUCUCUACUGUAAAUCUGGGUUGCAAACUGGACCUGAAGACCAUUGCCCUGAGAGCCAGGAACGCAGAGUACAACCCAAAGCGUUUUGCUGCGGUCAUCAUGAGAAUACGAGAGCCCAGGACCACUGCUCUCAUCUUCAGCUCUGGGAAGAUGGUCUGCACCGGCGCCAAGAGUGAGGAGCAAUCAAGGUUAGCAGCCAGAAAAUAUGCACGUGUGGUGCAAAAGCUUGGUUUUCCUGCAAAAUUCUUGGACUUCAAGAUUCAGAACAUGGUGGGCAGCUGUGAUGUAAAGUUUCCCAUUCGGCUGGAGGGAUUGGUCCUCACACAUCAGCAGUUUAGCAGCUAUGAGCCGGAGCUGUUUCCAGGACUGAUUUAUAGAAUGAUCAAACCACGAAUUGUCCUGUUGAUCUUCGUUUCUGGGAAAGUAGUACUCACAGGUGCCAAGGUGAGAGCGGAGAUUUAUGAAGCAUUUGAAAACAUAUACCCCAUCCUGAAAGGCUUUCGCAAGACAACGUAAAACAUGGAGUUCCUUUUAUCUCCCGAGUCUAUUAAUUUUUUUACUCCGAUCUUUUACACAUCAGUGUCUCCUUCAUGUCAACCCCCACAAGUGGACUGAUGUCAGGACUCUUAGAAAAGGAUGGCACUUCAUUUUAUACCCCCCCCCCCCCCCUUUUCAAUUUCUUUUUUCUUGUAAAGAUUUUAAAGGUUAUCUUUCUGUGUUCUGAUUACACGUCGCGGUAAACCUAAAAUUCUAGCGCUCAUUUCAGUGUAGUCUUAGUUUCUGCAUUUUCAGACUUGACUUGUCUCCAUCGCACCACUGACUGUACAUAAAACUGUAAGAAAAUGUAAAAAUUGUUGAUGAGAGAACCAGUCUGACAUGGACUGUUUUUGUUUUUAUUUUUAAAGAGUUGUAGGUAGUUUUGUACAUCACAUUUUUAAUAAUUGUUUGCUCUGUCCCCAAGUUUUAUCUACAUGUGUUUAAAUACAUUGCCCACCCCACCCUUUUUUUUGAGUGUCCUUCACUCCUCCAAUCCUGUAAAAUUAAUUUCCUGUUGAGUUCAGUAUUACGUUAAACAGUAACUGGGUGGAUGCUCUUUAAUUAUAAAUGUAUCUAAAUUCUAAAGCUGUUUAAUUCUCCAUUGCAUUUAAGUGCACAAAGCUUUCAUGCUUCAACAGUUGGAGUCUGUGAAAUAACUUUGUGAAAUUUUGCUCAGCCAACAUUUUGGACAAACUAGCACUGCAAUUGCAAAGAGAAUCAGGAUUCUUAACAAAAUCAAUGAAAAUGUGAAAGGAACUAGAUAGCUACAAUGACAAAAAUAUAUACAUUUUGUCUAUUCCACAGUUUCUUCUGAGCAAUUCUUUGUGCCUUCCCUGGUUGGUUGUUUUUUACUCAGGCACUUAGCUCAGUAAAAUAUUUAAAUAUGUCUAAGUUCUGGCUACUUUUUAAGUUACAUUCAGAACUUCAACUUUUGAAGUUUUUGAAAGCCAUUUAAAAGUUUUAUCAGGCAACUGGUUUGAAGUGUUUGAUCCACAGUGGACUUUGAUGCACAUGUUCAGUCAGGUUCACUGUCUGUGUACCACCCACAUGAGAGGAUGAAGCCCCUUUACUUCUAAAUGUAUUCAAAAUUUGUUAAUGUGCUGGAAUGUGCAUUAAUAAAUGUGUACAUACUG